CCGGCGCAGCGGGCCGGGUCCUUCGCCUUUUCACACAGGCGGCGCAGACUCGCACCACCAAGGGUCCUGAACACCGCACAUACACACGUGUGCAGUGCACCGUUGCCAUGGCGGGCCUACAGAUGAAGCUUCUCCGACAGAAAAUCCAGAAAAGAAAUGAAAAGAACAAAGAGCGCAAGCUGCGCAAGAAACAGACAGAAGACGGAGACACCGUAAACUCCAACGGGCUGGAAGAGGAGUGUUGUGAGGAAGCAGCGACUGCUUGUAUGACAGACAAGGAGCCCAAGAAAAAACAGAAGAAGCAGAUUGCGGCAGCAUUGGAGGGGACCACAACAGAGAAUCCGCCCCUGAAGAAGAAGAAGAAGAAAAGAAAGCUUGCUGACACUGCUGGAUCACCAGCGGAGAAGAAGACCAAAACAGUGAAAGAAGCAGAUGAUGAUGAGGAGGAGGAGGAGGAGGAGGAAGAGGAGGGAGCAUCAUUAGCAGAUGAAGAUGAAGAUGGAGAACAGGCUACGGACAAUCCAUCAGAAGUUACAGAUGAAGGAGAGGAAGAGGAGGAGGAAACUGAAGAGGGGGAUGAUGAAGAGCAAGAUCAACCUGACUUGCCAUCUGGUUUAACAGGAGCAUUUGAGGACACGUCCUUUGCCUCUCUUGCUGGGAUGGUGAGUGAUCACACGCUGAAGGCCGUGAAGGAGAUGGGCUUUGAACACAUGACUGAGAUCCAGCACAAAAGUAUUCGUCCCCUGCUGGAGGGAAGGGAUGUUCUUGCUGCUGCCAAGACGGGUAGUGGUAAAACCUUGGCCUUCCUCAUCCCGUCUAUAGAGCUCAUCUACAAACUCAAGUUCAUGCCCAGGAACGGCACCGGCGUAGUGAUCCUUUCACCCACACGUGAGCUGGCGAUGCAGACUUACGGUGUGCUGAAGGAGCUGAUGGCCCACCACGUUCACACCUAUGGUCUGAUCAUGGGGGGCAGCAACCGCUCAGCUGAGGCCCAAAGACUGGCCAACGGUGUCAACAUCCUGGUGGCCACACCCGGCCGUCUGCUGGACCACCUCCAGAACACGGCCGGGUUCAUGUACAAGAACCUGCAGUGCCUGAUUAUCGAUGAGGCCGACCGUAUCUUAGAGGUGGGCUUCGAGGAGGAGCUGAAGCAGAUCAUCAAACUGCUGCCGAAGAAGAGACAGACCAUGCUGUUUUCAGCCACUCAGACUCGUAAGGUGGAGGACUUGGCUCGCAUCUCCCUGAAGAGAGAGCCCCUCUAUGUGGGCGUGGAUGACAACAAAGACAACGCCACUGUGGACGGCCUGGAGCAGGGUUAUGUGGUGUGCCCAUCAGAGAAGCGCUUCCUGCUGCUCUUCACCUUCCUGAAGAAGAACCGCAAGAAGAAGCUGAUGGUUUUCUUCUCUUCCUGCAUGUCUGUGAAAUUCCACUAUGAACUGCUCAACUACAUCGACCUGCCUGUCAUGGCCAUCCAUGGCAAGCAGAAGCAAACCAAACGUACCACCACCUUCUUCCAGUUCUGCAACGCCGACUCCGGCAUCCUGCUGUGUACUGACGUGGCAGCUCGAGGGCUGGACAUCCCCGAGGUGGACUGGAUCGUCCAGUACGACCCCCCAGAUGACCCCAAGGAGUACAUCCACAGGGUGGGCAGAACAGCCAGGGGCAUCAAUGGUAGAGGCCACGCCCUCCUGAUCCUCCGACCAGAGGAGCUCGGCUUCCUCCGCUUCCUGAAACAGGCCAAGGUUCCACUGAGUGAGUUUGAAUUUUCCUGGAGUAAAAUCUCAGAUAUCCAGUCACAGCUUGAGAAGCUGAUUGAGAAGAACUACUAUCUCCACAAGUCAGCCCAAGAGGCCUACAAGUCCUACGUGAGGGCUUACGACUCCCAUUCGCUCAAACAGAUCUACAGCGUGAACACCCUCAACCUCCCCAUGGUGGCGCUGUCGUUUGGCUUCAAAGUUCCUCCAUACGUUGACCUGAACGUCCAUAGCAGUAAAGGUGCAAAGUUGCAGAAGCGAGGCGGUGGAGGCGGUUUCGGAUACCAGAAGUCCAACAACAUGCACAAAUCCAAAAUAUUUAAGCACGUCAACAAAGGAAAGGGUGACAAGCGGCAGUUCUCCCGCUGAGCCCCUUCAAGUGAACUGCCCUUUUUUACAGGAACUUUCUGCUCUGGACCAGGUGUAGGCCACACCUCCCCUCAGAUGUCGUUUAGGCCCAUUUCCUCCUAUGAGUUGUGAAAAAAUAUUUUGUAAAUGUAAAGUAACAUCACUUUGGAUGACAUCAUUUGUUUUCCUGCCAGAGUUUCGACAACUCUGCCUCUGAUUGGUUGAUACUUGUUGCCUCUAUUAAUUUGGGUUGGUUAAGGUGCGGGUUAGGGUUAGCCAAUCAGAGGCAGAGUAGGGGGCAGGGCUAGUUGCAAAACUGAUGUCUUUCAAAUGAGUUGUCAAAACUCGGGCAAGAAAAAAAACAAUACAGCUUGUGUAUGUUGUGUGUUGCAGAGGCCGCUGCCUUCCUGCUCACUUUUCUAAGAUUUCUUAAUUUCACCUGACUGGAAUAUUAAAUCUGUUGAAUUUGAA